AUGAAUGAGUCGGAGUUCGAAUGGAACGAAGCAGAACUCCGUCGGCUCGCCGACGUUUUUCCUGGAUGGGCGGCCGGGAACGGCCAGAAUGACUUGAGAUUGGGAAAGAUCCAAUUGGAAGCGAAGAUCGGAAGAGUGACGGAAACUUCGGACCGAGAGGGCAUUGAAAGUGAAUUUGAGAGAUUGUAUGGGUUUUCCGGAAGGCGAAACAUAUUAUAUUCUGUCCAUUCGCAGAUUGAACACCUCGUUCGACCCUUUGAUGGAUUAUGAGGAACAUCAGAGAGUGAAGAGCGAGGAAGGAUCUCCGGCGAAAAGCAAAUUUGAUUGGAUAUCCAAAUGGAAAAAGAUUGCGGAGAAGCUGAGCAUUUCGCAUGUCGACGUAACCUGAAAUUUAUAUUCCGCGAAACUACGUGCUCUCUUCAGACUACCACAAACACCGUGACAUUCAGUCGAAUCGAGAUCCUUCCGAAUGUCGUUCCGAUCCUUGUUAUUGCCCACACGACACCUAAUAACGUGAUAGUUGUGUACGCUAAACGAAGGAAUCACAAGGAAGAAAUCGACUUGCAGACAGUCCUCCGGCACUCGUACAGCAACAUUCCUCAAGGAAGUGUUCAAGUGUGCAUUCUGUCCCCGAUCUGAGUACAUCCUUCUAUUUCAGACAAUCUAUUUCCUCACCAAAAACUUGCUCGACCUGUAUUCCCAAUUGUUCUCAAGGCAAGUCUCGCCAGAGUUCCAAACGAAGCACUUCCGCUGCCUGCCCUCCCUUUGGCUGCAAUACGAUCUUUUCGGAUCGAUAUUCGAAAAUAUGCAAGGGUGCAAGCCGAGGAGAAUGUAUGUCUGAGUUUGCCCAUUUCAUACAGUUACAGUUUCACCUUUUUUAGCACGGACACUACACUAGACGAGGCAACUGCUCAUUGGGUGUACAGAAGAUGGGACAACUACCAAUAUCUGACCUAUUUGAACGAGAUGGCCGGAAGAGUGAGGGGAGAAGUUCACAACCAUCCGAUUUUUCCGUGGGUCUGCGAUUUCACCUCCAAAGAUUCCGGAUUUCGGCCAUUGAACAGAACGAAAUACAGAUUAUGCAAAGGAGACGAUCAGUUGAGGUACCAACCCUGAAGCCGUGGUGUCUCUUCCCAAUCAUUAUGUAUUUUAAGGGAAAUGUUCUCACGAGAACCGUCUCAUCACGUUCCCGAACUUCUCUCCGACAUCGGCUACAUGUCGUACCGCGCGAGAAUCGAGCCGAAAGAGAAUCUCUGCCGCCACGUUCGCCGGAAAUGGGUUCCUGAAGAGUAUCCGUCAACUAUGCGUCGAAUAUUCCAAUGGACGCCCGACGAGUGUAUUCCUGAAUUCUACGACGAUCCGUCUAUUUUCAGUAGGGGAAACUGAUAAGCAUCAGAAUUCGAUCACAUUGAUUUCAGAAUCCCGUCAUCCGGAUAUGUCGGAUCUACAAUACCCUGAAUUUGUAUCGUCUCCGGAAGAGUUUGUAAGCUGGCACCGGAAAAUGCUGGAAGAUGAGCAAGUUUCGAUGAACCUGCACAGAUGGAUCGACUUGGUAUUUGGGUUUAAUGUGAGAAGUGAGAUUGAUUCCGUGUCUAAUUUCUCUAUUUCAGCUGUCCGUAGAAAACAGUAAAAAUUCUCUCAACCUGCAUCUCUGCUUUGUCGAUAAGAACCGAAGAGGACUGCGGACAAACGGGAUGGUCCAGUUGUUCGACAGACCGCAUCCGACCAGAAUUCCUUUAAACUAUGACCCGAAAAGUGACUUUUAUCAGUUGCAAAUGGAGUCUUUCGGAUAUGGAAUGAACAAUUCGCCAGUCAAAAGAAACGAAGCUGAAGACGAAGUGGACGAAGAUAGUCACUUUGAGAUUUACCAGAAAAUCAAAAAGAUCCGGGUGAGUGUGGUACUGAUCCUCUCCAAAAUAUAAACACUUCCAGCGUCUCCGCCACAAGAUCUACUUUUCGUCAAUGGUUUCCUUGAUGGAAGUGGCUGCUCAUAUCGUUUUAGCCCCUCACUUGUCCGGCCGAUUCGAUGAUACCACCCACAUCCGGCGGAUUAUCCGUCUGUUUUCAAGUCGGAUCCCCGUGAACUUUCGCAACCUUUUCGAUUAUCUCCUCGACUCGAAACAAGAGUUUCCGGAUCCGAAUGAGUUUGCCUUCUUCGCUACUGUUCGGCUGAACCUUCCGACGACAGUAAUCGAUAGACUUUUUUCAAUUGUUACUAUUCGCGAUUUCUUCCAGAUAUCAAACUUUGCUGAUGAGUUUGCAAACUGUGUCUCUCUGCACCUCCUCAGAAAACUUAAUGUGGUUCCCUCGUUCUCCAAAAGAUCCCAAAUAAUUCUACUGAAAGAAGUUGAUAGUCUGAAGAAGUCAAUCCGCUUGUGUCAAAACAUGGAAAUGUGUGUGGUCGCUGCAUUCCAACAGCUUCUGGAAGACGAAGAGGCGUGCAUUCAGGCGGUCCAUCGGCUGAUGCCAGUUAUCACUCGCAGUUUGAGCCAGGAAGCACUCGAAGAUCUGAUCAACCCUAUGAUUGAGCUGAUUCAGUGCGAAACAUCUGUGAAAGUGAGUUCCACUACUUGAUCAACCUAACGGCAUCUAUCGCAGCUUCUCGACCGCCGUUUCCUCCUGCACGUGUCCAUCUGCUACGGCACGCACAUCUUCCUCGACCUGUUCCUCCCUCCGAUCGUCGAAGCGUGCGCCUCGAUGAACUGUGACCGGUCGGUCGUGGCGAAGGAGAGCAUUAUGUGGCUUGCAAAGCGAUACGGACCGGUGAUCUGCGCCAAGUUCAUCUCCUCUAAUCUCCUCAGAAUUAUGGCCAGUUGCUACGAAGGAUUUGAGCUGUGCGGAGAUUCGCAGGAGGCGAUAGUAUGAAAUUCAUUUCCUGUUCGAACAAAACAAUGUUUCCUUAUUUCAGGACGUGUUCUCUAUAGUGCUCCAAGGAGACGAGACGUGCUCUCGCAUCGAAUCGCUCCUCUCGGAGAUCGCGCUCACUUACAGUGUUACCUUCAUCACCGUCCAAUUCCUUCCGUUCUGUGUCGAUCUAAUCGAACAGUUCCACAAACGACCGUCCGUUCAACUUGAACCUGGACUCGUUUCUGUCUUUCGGAUAGUCGAACUCUCGAUCAGAUCUAUGUCAGAUCACCAGCUCAUGAACUACUUAGAGGCAUGUUUUUCAAGUUCAACUUCAAUUAGAAAUAUUCAUUUUCCAGGAAUUCAUAAUCCAGAAGGUCAUCUUUCGAGUUCUGACCAUCAUGCUCGACUCCAGCUUUCAAUUCUCAUCAACCAGAGUUCGCAAUCUUAUCAUUUGCAAGGUUUCCCUCAAACGUUUUUAGUCUCCAUAAUGUUGCAUUUCCAGAUUUGUCAACUUCUUCACGCUAUCACUCAGAAGAUCGGGACGGAGAACACCAGGAUCUAUGCCAGUCAGCCGUUCAAACUCCUCUUUUCCACGUUUUCCACCGUCUACGAAACCAACGAAGAACUGCGAAUCAAUGUUCGACAAAAGCCACCCGAAAAUGUAUUCGUCGUCAUUGACUCUUUAAUUCUCACCUUCCAUUUAAGACCGUGUACUCUGUACCCCUGUGGGUGGUCGAGGACGUCAUCGAAAAGUUCGCGAAAGAAUGGGGCGUCCCGUACCUCUCCUCAUUCUGCGACGAUCCCGCCUUCCUCAUUCCGUUCGUCUCGAACCCGGCAUCUUCCUCUUCUCCGAACGCUUCCAUCCCACUCGCGCACUCUCCUCAGGCUCCAUUCGCUGCGUAUUCACUCAGCAGUCUGUCUUCUGGAAAUCGAUUGUUCUCACUGUCAGCUUCAAGUCCUGUUAGCUCGGUUAACAAUCUCGGAGGAAUGAGGUAUUUCCAAAAACUGUUCUAUUCAUCCUCUUUCGUUUUCAGUCUGUGUGAUUCUGGAGCCCUGAGCGCUGUCUGGUGUGCUAGAGUUUCAGCAGCAGUGUGUGGAGUCGAGUGAGCCCAUUUCUCUUGGUAUCUCUCGUCAUUCAACCUUUUUCCAGCAAUUACCGCUUCGAUCAUCUUUCCCUGUGCAACUUCACUGGCCAUCAGGAGAAAAUCCGAAAGCUGGCUGCCAUUUCAAAUGAGAACUCAUUCGUUUCAGCGUCGGCCGACAAGACCGUCAAGUGAGAAAUACUCCAGAAUAUCAAUGGAAAAUAAUUUUUCAGAUUAUGGUCGAUCAAGUCAGAAUUGGACGAAAUCGGGUGUCAAUGGACGUACACGAACCACACGCGAUCGGUUCAUGACGUCGCUAUUCUGGCUGACAACUCCAUCGCUUCCACAGAUGGAAUACUCCACGUCUGGGACCCAUUCCGGACUACUCUGCUCGCCCAGAUGGAAUGGGAUUCGAAAGAGGGAAGUGGCGGAAACAUCAUGAAGAUCGAGAACGUUGACCGGCACAUUUUGGCGGCCAUCUGCAGUCUCCACUCGACCGUCAAACUCUUCGACAGCCGUGUCGGCGGAUGGACGUGCGAACUGAAGGUCUCUCCGGGACAAGGACUGACGCGAGCGCUCACUGUUCGCGACAAUGGCAACAAAAUGGCAGUCGCUCUUUCGAACGGAACCCUCACUAUUCUGGACGCUCGCAACGGAAAGAUAAACUCUCUUGCUCAAACGAAUUCCACGCACACCGUCUCGGUUAGUCAUUUUGUCCUCUCCGAUUCCGACUUUAGCCACUUCGACGGGACGUCUUCUCUUUGCCUGAUCUUUGAAUGCUUGGUGUUUUUCGAAACGGAAAACUAAUCGAAAAUUCUAAAUAUCAGUGGCGUUUCUCAGAAUUCUCGAGUUUUAUAUUUCAAAUUGGCAGCUUUCAAAGUGCAAGUUCCGUUGCUCAACACAACCACUACGCACAUGGCUGCAGUGCCCAAUUAGUAUUGAACGUCUUCCUCGAAAAGGUGCGUUUUCAGAUAAACUGGAUGACUGAAAGUCGACUUCUCGUGUGCGAUGCGGACGAAUGCGGACUGUUUCUGGAGAUGAAUCCGAGAGCACACAUAGCUCGGAAGCUGCCGGACCCAAUAGCCGUCGCAGCUCUCACCAAGGACUCCCUGGUCACUCUACAAAACGGAUCAAUGCUCCGAGUGUACAGGAACACCGGAGAGUUGCAGAUCGAGACGAAAAUGCGGCCGGACGAGCUGCCGGGAACUCCAACCGCCAUCCUGCCACUCCCUCUCAACUGCUCCUACCUAAUCGGCUCGAGUCACGGAGCAAUUCGUCUCAUGUGCUGA